AUGCGAAGUAUCUGGCUUGUGGCACUCAUUGCCACAGCAUAUGGGCAAUAUGCUAGUUCCGGAGGCGGCGGAGGCGGUAGCGGCGGCGGUGGCGGCGGCGGAGGAGGCGGCGGAGGAGGAGGGGGAGGUUAUGUGAUGCCUCCACCUGACUACUCACCUCCUGCAGCUGCAGCUCCACCUCAACUACUCUCGCCUGUGCCAAUGUCACCACCGGCAGCUCCACCGGCAGCUCCACCAGCAGCUCCACCAGCAGCUCCACCAGCAGCUCCA